GGGGGCUGCCGUCAGGCGGCGGCUGACGCAGGGCUCCUCUUCCUCCCGGGGAUGAAGACCCCGGCGGCGGGCAGCGAGGAGCCGCCGCGCCCGGCGCCGCUCGGGGCGGCCGCGGACCCUCCGCGCCCGCGGUAGGGCGGUGCUCCCCCCCGCUCCGCACCCCGAGCGCUGCCGCCUCCCCCGGAGGAGCCCCGGAGCCCCCGGCAUGGAGCGCCCGCUCAACCUCAGCUGCUUCGCCGAUACGACACUGGACACCGGCAACCGGAGCGGGUCCUCCGCCGGCCCGGACGGUGGACGGGCACACCUCUCUGUCUUCAGCGUGCUGGUCCUCACCCUCUUGGCCAUGCUGGUGGUCGCCACGUUCCUCUGGAACGGGCUGGUCCUGGCCACCAUCUUCCGGGUGCGCACUUUCCACCGGGUGCCCCACAACCUCGUGGCCUCCAUGGCCAUCUCUGAUGUGAUGGUGGCGGCCCUCGUCAUGCCCCUCAGCUUGGUGCACGAGUUGUCCGGGCGGCGGUGGCGGCUGGGCCGGUCACUCUGCCAGGUGUGGAUCUCCUUUGACGUGCUGUGCUGCACCGCCAGCAUCUGGAACGUCACGGCCAUUGCCCUCGACCGCUACUGGUCCAUCACCCGCCACCUGGAGUACACGCUCCGCAUCCGGCGCCGCAUCUCCAACAUCAUGAUUGCCCUCACCUGGGCACUGUCUGCCUUCAUCUCCUUGGCCCCGCUGCUCUUUGGCUGGGGAGAGACUUACUCAGAGGACAGUGAGGAGUGCCAAGUCAGCCAGGAACCUUCCUACACCAUCUUCUCCACCUUUGGCGCCUUCUACCUGCCCCUCUGCGUGGUGCUCUUUGUGUACUGGAAGAUCUACAAAGCCGCCAAGUUUCGAAUUGGAUCUCGGAAGAGCAACUCCAUCACCCCCAUUACGCCAGAAGCCCUGGAGGUAAAAGAAGCUGCCCAGCAGCCACAGAUGGUCUUCACUGUCCGUCACGCCACUGUUACGUUCCAGACGGAUGGAGACACGUGGAGAGAGCAGAAGGAAAAGAAAGCUGCCCUCAUGGUGGGCAUCCUUAUCGGGGUCUUCGUGCUCUGCUGGAUCCCCUUCUUUAUCACGGAGCUCAUCAACCCCCUCUGCUCGUGUGACAUCCCACCCAUUUGGAAGAGUAUUUUUCUAUGGCUAGGCUAUUCAAAUUCCUUUUUUAAUCCACUCAUCUACACUGCUUUCAACAAAAACUACAACAAUGCCUUCAGGAACCUAUUCUUUAGACAGCACUGAGCAGAAAAAGCUUUUCCCCUGACCCAGGAAGCUGAGUUCAACUCUCAAUGAAUCCUACCAAACUCUCGAGGAAGUUCAAAGCCACUGAUACUGAGGUGAUGCUAAAUGUGCAUCCCCAUGGGCCGUAUGUCCCAGCGACGGUCCCGGUUCCUACGCAGGCUCUCCAUCCCAGCCUCUAAGGCAGUUGUUAUUUUCCCUGCAAGCAGCACGUAAGGGUUUCUCUGGCCAGCAGCACAGCAUUCUUCUUCCAGUGCCCCCCCGCUUUCCUCCCGCCUUCCUGGUGACGUUCUGUUUGGUGGCAGUCGCGGUGCAGAGGAGUCUCCUGGCAAAGAGUCAUAUUUGAAACUCGGGUUUGGCCCCUGCUCGUCCCUCACUGCAUUAAUCAACUUUGUCCCCCGUGCAAAGCUGGGACCCUUUAAUAUCAGGAGGUUUUGUGAUUAUGUAUGAAUCUAGAUAUUUUAUGGCUUGGUUGAAAAGGCCGUUUGUCUUGUCUUUUGAUGAUAGAGAUUAAGUGUUUGUAUCUGGGGAAUAAAACCCUCAGUAGGGGUUAAGAGACUCCACAUACAAAACCUUUUCUCACAUGUUUUAUCAACAGCGAAUUGUGCUAUUUGCUAUGGGGUUCCGUGUGGCAAGUUUUUUAAAAAUUUAUUUAUUGUGAAAGCUUAAUGCAUGGUGUACCCUGGAAUGAGAGAGAAUGCGUGGGAACUCCACCUCUCGUUCUCUGACUGCUACGUGUGAGCAUCUGCCUCAAGACCUUUACUUUCAGAAACACCAGCUGUAAAUGUUAAUCUCUGUGUCUGUGUUUCCCAUUCCAAACCACCGAUGUAUUUUGAGCGGCUGUGGGGCAGGUUUCCUGUAGUUGCAGGGGAUGCAAAGAGUGUAUUUCAAAUUGCCUGUCAAUGAGGAGCUGCGUUUUACUAUUUUCUGAGUGCGAUGCAGGUCUUCUUGAAACCAAAGCAAAGACCUCACUUUGUUUCUGCGGGCACUGGAUUGCAGGCAAAUGGCAGUUAAUGACCAGUUGUGCUUCAUUCUGGAAGCAUACGCAAACCAUAGAGGUGCUCUGCUGCAAGGACCAGACUUAAAUAUUUAUUCUUUUGCCCACCCCUCCUUCUCUUCCUCCCCACUAAGGCUCCAGUCCUGCCUGGUCGUUAUUCCUCUGCUGCCUCCCUGCCUUUCCAUGUUGCCAAUGUAAUUACAGUGGUUGGCAUUUCACUCCCGGAAUUAAAAUUACGCACUUGAUGCUGCACCGCUGGAAGACUGACAGGCCUUCAGAUAAAGGAAAGCGCUAGUUUUAACUAUCGGUUCUUAUGGGGCAGCCACUGAAAUCAGCCCAGAACUGAAAUGGUGGAGGAAAAGACAAGGUGGGAAUCGGAAUGACAUGAUUUCGUGUCAGAUAUCUCAAGAAGAAGAGAUAAAAGAGGAAAAUGUCAAUAAAUCAUGGGAAAGCUCCCUCAGGGUGGAUAGGAUUAGUUCUUAUCCUUAACAGAUCGUGAGACAUCAGAUGUUAAAAUUGUCACUGGUCCUUUAAACCAGUCAAAAAUCCCAGUAGAGCUGGUUAAAAAGUGCUUUUUCUUUUCCCAUCUCGGGACAGGUGAAAAUAGAAGCAGAGCUCAAGGUGCUAUCAAGUGUGGCAGCUCUUUCAGGAGCAGUUAGACAAACGUCCAUGAGGACUGACACAGAUGUAGCUGGUCCUGCCUUGCGGCAACAGGAGAGAAAGGUUGGCCCUUGAGAUCUAUUUCAACACUAUUUUAUAAAAGUCUCUUAGAAAUAUUAGGUAAAAUCCUGCCCUCAUUGAAAGCAACGGACAAGUUCUCAGUGACUUCAAGCAAAUCGCAAUUUUAUCCAGCAUGUCUUGUCUUGUAAAAGCAUAGUAUUGAUGUUAAUUAAUUCAAGGAGAAGAUGGGUGGGAUGGGAGCAAUCUUCUAACUCCCAUGAAUGAGUCUCUGAUCUGUGCUAACCAUGGACCAAUCUCUCUACAGCUAGUAAAGAGCAUUUUCUUUCUUUGUUACAUAUUUUAUAAGUAUUACUAGUGACAUCUCUGACGUAUCAAAAAUUGUAAUAAACUCUCGAGCUGCUUUUUUUACGGAGGAUAUAAAGCUUGCACUGCUUUCUCUGGACAGUCCAUCACCAAUGCAGACUUGUUCUUUUGGGAAUUUACCACUUUUGGUGUGUCAAAUGUUGUCUAGGCAAAAAUGAGUUGGAAAAAAAGGUUCCUUGCCCAAGCCAGGCCUUCAGCUAAGCUCAGCAGGAAACUACUUGUUAGGCCACCACGGAGACACUGUAAACACUAAAGCAUGGGUUAACCGGGAAGCUGGACUUUAGUCCACCGUUUUAACACAUAACACCAUGCCUACACAACUCUGCUUCAAUCCAGGCUGUGCUCACCCCCAUUUUUAUUUGCUCUUUAAUGAGUACUGCAGAUUCUCCGCCUGUGUGGUGUGGGAUCCUUCCACAGGUUGUGGAAUCACCUGCAAACUCAAAUUAGUAUCCGGUGUAAGCAGACAAUAAUGAAACUGAAAUCAAAGGGAAAGAUCCCUACUUUUGCUGCAGCCCAGUGCUGGGAUGGAGGUCCCUUUCCUUAUAUCCUGUGUUUAUUCAUGCUAUGGCUUAAGCGGUGACAAGGAGAUGGGGGAGAAUCUUAAAAUGACACUAAAAUCUAAUUCGUAUAUGGUCACGGAGAGCCCACCAUCCUGGUGUAAAUUACAUCCACAUUUAUUUGACAGCCCACAUCCCAUACAAUCUGUAUUGAUCUUCUGCAAAUAACAGCUGCCACUUGGUCAUAAGUUUUAUUCCUUUGAAUCUUGACAUAAUUAGCAGUUACAUUAUGGACCAAUUCCUACCGCUCUUACUUGAGGCUUGAGACCAUCGCCUUUUUGUCUGAGUGCCAUUCCUGCAAUGCAAUCCGAUCAUGCAGGAAAAAUACCAGUACUCUGGAGACAGUGCUGAGGAAUCAUCCUGAAACCUGUUGCGAUGGUCCGAGCACAGUGAAGGGGCACAAAGAAGCCUUGACUUCAGAUCCUGGCUCCGAGGCUUUUUCCAAACCUCUCAGUAUUCAAACACAGAGGCCGAGUGGGGUCCCAGAGACACAAAUCAUGUUUGAAGACAUAGACAACCCCAGCUUCAAAGGGUGUAUCUUGUACCUUCUUGUUCCCAUUUAUAAAACAGAAUCAGUGGCGUGAAGAGAUCUGCCUCAGCGAGGCUUUGUGAGGAUUAAUUAGUAAAUGUUUAUCAUGUACCAGGAAGGUGGAACGCUCUGGCUUGAAUGCCGAGCUGCAUUAUAAAUUGGGCUUCUAUUUAAUUCCUCAGAAGAACAUUAUUACCCAUUAUUAUUGAGUUUCCUGUGCAGUUUAAUGGCUAUAUAAUACUUCCAGAAUGGAUUUAACUAACCUUCUUCCACUUACGAUUAAUUUAUUUUCCUCCCAAUGCUCUGACUGUUCAAUGAACAUCUGUAUGGGAGCUCGAUCGCCGGGGCAGCGCUGAAUGCUGUCUGCGGAACCGCUCCGCGCAACGCUGAAGGCAUGUUGUCAAGGUUCAGGGAGCAGCAGCUCUCCAGGCAGUCUGCUACCCUGUUUCCUUUAUUUUUUUUAGGGAGAAGAAAAGGUCACAGAAGAACGCCCUUGGAUUACAUGACGGGUUGGCUGACCACCUUCCUCCUCCACCCCCAUCCCGAUGACCUUUCUUCUCCAUGCAGGCAGGUCAGACAGGUGACUCCGGGACAUGUAUGGAGCCCGUACAGCCAGAGGUGGGACACGCAUGACUUCACCCUCCCAUUAAUUUGCCUGGACUUUUCCUAAGGAUCACCGCUGGGAGACGUGGCCUUUAAAGCGUCAGCGGCAGCUGGAAGUGGGAGUUUCCUGGAUGUGAAGUUGCAGGCAAUUAAGGAAAUUUCACCUGACAAAGGUAAUUAAUGACUAUUAGUUCCAGCGAUUGCUGCGGUGAGGUACGACUGACAGAGUGUCAAAGUGAUUUUUGCAAUGUAGUGAUUUGAGCUGCUUUGGCUCACGAGGGGCUCGUAACCGUUUUGCUCUCGGAUCCCUUAUUUUACCUGCACUGGUACGGCAGCAAACUGGGACACCAGCAAAGUCAUGGUCAACGUGAUCUGGCCAUCAUUAAUGCUCCAUGUGGGAACAGUGGGGUAAAACAUCCACGGCAAAAUCUGCAUCCCCGCUGCGAUACACCCUGGCUGAACAUCAUGAAACUGCCAGCAUAUUCAUCGCAUUUAAGAGGUGGCCAAAGAGCUCUUUAAAUCACCAUUAUUUUCAGUAACACUGAAGUGCUGAGGAAGUUGCAGAAGACUGGAAGAGAGCUGAAGUUGUGCCAGUAUUUUAAAAGGGCAAAUUGGGAGAGCCAAGUAUU